CUCGGGUUUCGGGCCAUGGAGGCGGCGCCGCCGCCCCGCGAGCCCGGGGGUCCGCUGGGCCCGGGCCCCGUGCGCGGGCUGUGGCCGCCGGUGGCCCCCGGCAAGCGGCCCAAGAAAGCGGCCGUGCUCUUCUUCGAGGUGGAGAUCCUGGACGCCCGCACGCGGGACAAGCUCUGCUUCCUGGACAAGGUGGAGCCUCAGGCCACCGUGGCUGACAUCAAGAACCUGUUCAGCAAAGCCCAUCCCCAGUGGUACCCAGCGAGGCAGUCCCUGCGCCUGGACCCCAAGGGCCGCUCGCUGAAGGACGAGGACGUGCUGCAGUCGCUGCCCGUGGGCACCACGGCCACGCUCUACUUCCGGGACCUGGGGGCGCAGAUCAGCUGGGUCACGGUGUUCCUCACCGAGUACGCCGGCCCGCUGCUCAUUUACCUGCUGUUCUAUUUCCGGGUGCCGUUCCUGUACGGGCCCCGCUACGACUUCACCGCCAGCCGGCACCGCGUGGUGCACCUGGCCUGCUGCUGUCACUCGUUCCACUACGUCAAGCGGCUGCUGGAGACGCUGUUCGUGCACCGCUUCUCGCACGGCACCAUGCCCCUGCGCAACAUCUUCAAGAACUGCACCUACUACUGGGGCUUUGCUGCGUGGAUGGCGUAUUACAUCAACCACCCGCUGUACACCCCGCCAGCCUACGGUGACGAGCAGGUGAAGCUGGCGCUGGCCGUGUUCCUGUUCUGCCAACUCGGGAACUUCUCGAUCCACGUGGCGCUGAGGAACCUGCGCCCCGCGGGCUCCAAGACCCGCAAGAUCCCGUACCCCACCCGCAACCCCUUCACGUGGCUGUUCCUGCUCGUGUCCUGCCCCAACUACACCUACGAGGUCGGCUCCUGGAUCGGUUUCACCAUCAUGACCCAGUGUCUGCCCGUGGCGCUGUUCUCGCUGGUGGGUUUCGUGCAGAUGGCGAUCUGGGCUCAGGGCAAGCACCGCAGCUACCUGCGGGAAUUCCGGGACUACCCCCCGCUGCGCUCGCCCAUCGUGCCCUUCCUGCUGUGACACCCUGGGGACAGCGUGGGGAGUGUCCCCUCCCUGCUGUGACACCCUGGGGACAACACAGGGACAGCCCCCAGUGUCCCCUUCCUGCUGUGACACCCUGGGGACAGCGUGGGGAGUGUCCCCUCCCUGCUGUGACACCCUGGGGACAGCCCCCAGUGUCCCCUCCCUGCUGUGACACCCUGGGGACGCGUGGGGACAGCCCCCAGUGUCCCCUUCCUGCUGUGACACCCUGGGGACAGCCCCCAGUGUCCCCUUCCUGCUGUGACACCCUGGGGACAGCACAGGGACAGCCCCCAGUGUCCCCUCCCUGCUGUGACACCCUGGGGACAGCCCCCAGUGUCCCCUUCCUGCUGUGACACCCUGGGGACAGCGUGGGGACAGCCCCCAGUGUCCCCUCCCUGCUGUGACACCCUGGGGACAGCACAGGGACAGCCCCCCAGUGUCCCCUCCCUGCUGUGACACCCUGGGGACACCCCGAUCUGUCCCUGUCCUGCCCCGAGCCUUGGGGACACUGUGGGGACAGGGGACACGAGCCCCUUGUCACCCUGGUGCUCACAGCAGGACACAGAACGUGGCCCCGCUGUCCCUUGUCACCCCCUGGGUGCCAUCCCCGCUGUCCCCUCCCCGGUGGCAGUCACAGGGAAAGCACUGGUGACAGCGCGGUGUCACCACAUCCCCGCAGGUGACAAUAAACGACAUCCCCCCA